AUGGACAAGUCUUCGAAAUCUCACGAGACCCAGGUCUAUGCAGACGAUAUCCCGGAGGGCGGCGGGGCUGUCGUUGGCGAGAAGGAUGGCACCGUUGACGAUGUCAAGGAUAUGCAGCGGAUGGGCAAAGAACAACAGUUCAGGCGAAACUUUGGGUUCCUCUCGAUUAUGGGGUUUGCCAUGAUCUUGAUGAGCACGUGGGAAAGCCAACUGGGUACUGCCGGCUUCGCCUUGGGCAAUGGCGGCACCGCCGGCCUCGUAUACAUGUACAUCGCCUGUGCCAUCGGCAUGUCCCUAAACAUCGUCUCCAUGGCCGAAAUGGCCAGUAUGGCUCCCACGGCCGGUGGACAGUACCAUUGGGUGUCUGAAUUCGCACCACCCCGAGCACAAAAGUUCAUCUCCUACUUCAUCGGCUGGGUGUGCGUACUCGGCUGGCAAGCCGGCGCUGCAUCCAGUACCUUCCUCGCCGCCACCGAGAUCCAGGGCCUCAUCGUCCUCAACUACGACAACUAUGUCUACAAAUACUGGCACGGCACGCUGCUGACCAUCGCCAUCACCCUGAUCUGUGGCUUCUUCAACACCGUCUUGGCCAAGAGACUCCCUCUCGUGGAGGGUCUUGUCUUGUUCUUGCACAUCGCCGGGUUCUUCGGCAUUCUCGUCCCCUUGUGGGUGCUCGCCCCGCGGACACCCUCGAAGCAGGUCUGGACCGUCUUUGAGGACGCCAACGGCUGGGGUAACGUCGGCCUAGCGUGCUUGGUGGGCAUGAACAGUCCCGUACUCUCGCUGCUCGGUGCCGAUGCGGCAACCCAUAUGUCGGAGGAGUUGAAGAACGCCAGCAAGGUCCUUCCACGCGCCAUGGUCUUCACGGCCAUCUUCAACGGGACCUUGGGCUUCAUCAUGGUCAUUACUUUCUGCUACACGGUCGGAAACGUCGAGCAGGUCCUGUCCACGCCGACCGGGUACCCGUUCAUUCAAGUCUUUUACAACGCCACACAAUCCAAGGCUGGCGCCACUGCCAUGGUGUCGAUCAUGAUUGCGCUGAGCACUUUCGGCGCCAUGACCAACAUGGCGACCGGGUCGCGACAGAUCUUUGCCUUUGCGCGUGAUCGUGGCGUCCCCUUCAGCAACUGGUUUGCCUACGUGCCCGAAGGCUGGGACAUCCCGCUCAACGGCGUCAUUUUCACGGUGGCUGUCUCGUGCCUGCUGUCACUCAUCAACAUCGGCUCGCAGAUCGCCUUCAAUCAACUCACCUCGCUCGGCCUCUGCGCACUGUUGUCGUCCUACAUCGUGUCCAUCAGCUGCAUGGCGCUCAAGCGCAUCCGGAAAGAGCCGCUCUUGCCGUCCAAGUUCUCCCUCGGCCGGUAUGGUCUGGCCAUCAAUCUGCUUUCAGUGGGCUUCCUGUGGUUGGCUUUCGUCAUGAUCUUCUUUCCCCCAGGACCAAAUCCGAAUCCGCAGACGAUGAACUGGGCCGUUCUCGUCUACGGAAGUGUGGUCAUCUUUUCUCUGACAUAUUACGUGUUCCGUGGACGGUUCAGGUAUGCUGGUCCCGUCGAAUACGUCAGGAAAAUGGUUUGA